AUGCCCACACGCCUCGUCCAUGUACAAGUCGUCAACGGGAAAUAUUCUGUUCGCCUCGUUACAGGAGUCUCUCGUCAGUCCUACAUCACGCUCAGUCACUGCUGGGGCCCCAAGUUCCCUUCCCACGCCAAGACCACGGCACUCAACAUCGAUUCUCGACUAUCACCGUCUGGGAUCCCUUGGACGGAGCUUCCGCAGAGCUUCCGCGACGCCGUGGCUGUGACGGAGCGGCUUGGGUUUGAAUACAUCUGGAUAGAUGCACUGUGCAUCAUUCAGAGCUCGUCCGCUGAUUGGCAUGCCGAGUCCAGCCUCAUGUACCAAGUCUACUCGCACUCCGGCCUUAUGCUGAGUGCAGACGCAUCCCCUGACACCGACGUCGGCCUCUUCCGAUCAUGCAACAUGGCGAGGACCUGGUCUGUAACCACACAAACGUCGCCUAUCCUUUGGAAUUGCUCUUCAGUCAAGGCGGGUUACGAUCUUAUACACUGCAGCACCAGGAUAGCGAAGAGCAUGUACCAUCCUUUCGACCAAGCCCACAUCUUCCCCUUAUCAAAAAGAUCGUGGUGCUAUCAGGAAGAGCAGCUCGCCCGACGGAUCGUGCAUUUUUAUAUCGAUGAAGUCUCCUACUCCUGUCUUGAUGGUUCCGAGUGUCACUGUGGCUUAUGGGGCCCUGAAAGUGACAUCGGCAACCCAAACACCGGGUUCCAAAACCUGCCAGAAAAGGCCUGCACAGAGGAAGAAAAGCACAGUUUGUGGCAGACAGUAGUUGAGAUGUACAGUGUGCGGGAACUUUCGUUCUGGUCCGACCGGUUCCCUGCUCUCUCAGCUCUGGCGCGACAGUUCCAAGUUUCGGACAAGGCCGCGUGUGAGCGACCGUCGGCGGACAGAGGCAGGGAGUGGAUGUUUAACGAAAUCGACAUGGGAAAUUACACAGCAGGGUUCUGGUCCAACUUCCUCCGGGCCGACCUCUUUUGGUAUGUCAGCCAUGACCCUGGCGUUCGCGUAUCAACUGCAUCGAGCUAUGUUGCGCCAACCUGGUCAUGGGCUAGUGUCUCUGGGAGGGUCAGUUUCCUCGAUCAAGGCGGUUUCCUCGCUGAGAUCCUGAGCGUUAACUGCUCUCCCGCGGGAUCGGACGAGCUGGGAAUGAUCACGUCCGCGGAACUGGUCCUCAGAGCCAAGACCAUCCCAGUCCGCCUGAUCAAGGAGUUCUUCCACGUAAGGUUCGUCAAGUUUUGGACCAUCACCUUAGAGGCCCCUGACCCAGCAACUGGCAAGUACACAUACCUUGACGCUUUCCGGUCUGACUACAUCCAGCCCACGCCGGAAGCUAGAAUCUGGGCCGGGAUUAUCCCCAGUAAGACCUGGGACGAUCCGCCUGACAAGAGAAUUCCGGUCAACGACGGAGAGUAUUUUGCUGUGUUAACGGGACCCUUGGCUAUUAUUAUUGUCAGGGUUGUGGAAGCUGGAGAGCCUCUUGUUUGCGAGCGCGUGGGAACUGUGCAUCGCAGCCUCACUCCUGAAUGCGCUGACAACACUAGGUGGUUUGAUGGCGUCAAGUCACAGGUUUUGAAGAUUAUCUAA